CUCAAAACACGAACAACGAGUAUUUACUAACGUUGGUGAACACCUUCGUGAAAAUAACUUUUUUUCUAAAGUGAAAUUUAUAUGUUAGUUGUUGUAAGAAACAAAAAGUGUAUCAGGUGGCAAUGGGCUGGCGAGUCAUUUCCGUCCUCGUGACGACCCUACUUAUCGGAGUAAACUGCGAUGAGACAACAGCGGCCCCGGAGCGUAACUCAGCCUGGCGGCAGACGGGCAUCUGCCGCAAGUGUCUGUGUAAGGACGAGAAGGUGGACUGCUUCGACCAGAGCCUCACCACAUUCUUCACGGAAGAGGAGUGGGCAGAUAUAUCGGAGCUGAAGCCGACGACGGUGGACCUGAGCGAGAACCUGCUGGUGAACGUGUCGCGGCUGGCGGCGCUGCCGGUGCAGACGCUCAACCUGUCGCGCAACGCGGUGGAGCGCAUCGACACGGCGGCCUUCCGCGAGCUGCAGGCGCUGCGCGUGCUCGACCUCAGCCACAACAAGCUCACCACCGAGCGCCUCAGCCCGCAUGCCUUCGAGGGUCGGUUCUCCCCGGAGGAGUUCGAGCCGCUGGGCGCGAUGCGCGUGCUAAACCUGGCGUACAACGAACUGCACUCGCUACACCAGGACCUGUUCGAGCACCUGCCCGAGCUCACCGAGCUGGACCUCAGCGGCAACCCGCUCACCACGCUCGACCACGCCACACUCAUCUCCAUCUCCAGCCUGCAGAUGCUCAAGGUGCUGCGCAUGCGCGACUGCGGCCUGACGGAGAUCCCGGACAAGUUCCUGCACACGCCGCGCUUCCUCGAGCGGCUGGACCUCAGCGCCAACAGCCUCACCGCCGUGCCGCAGGAGCUCGACGAGACCAAGAACCUGCUCUACCUCAACCUCAACCAGAACCCCAUACCCGAGCUCGACAUGGCUUCCGAGGACCAUCCCGGUUUCCCGGUACUGCGCAAGCUGCAGGAGCUGCACAUGUGCAACAUGCCGGCGCUGAUGUCGAUCGGCGCGGGGGCGCUGGCCGGCCUGCAGUCCCUGCAGCGCCUGCACCUGAGCCACAACCCGCGCCUGCGGUACAUCGACCCGCGUGCGCUCGCCAGACCCGACGACAUCGGCGAGACCUGGGACUGGCCGCUCGUUAAGGAGAUCUACAUCCAGUCGAACAACCUGUCUGAGAUCGACUCGCGCCUGCUGUCGCGCUGGGACCUGGUGCAGGUGCUGGAGUUCUCUGAGAACCCCUACCUGUGCGACUGUUCCACACAGUGGAUGGUGGACAUGCUCGUGCCCAUCGUCGACGCCAAGAACCCCAAUGCCUCCAUGAAUAUGAUCUGCCAGGAGCCGGUGGAGAUGCGGGGCUACACGAUGCGGCACCUGCACGACAUCCACCGCCCCAUGCGCUGCGUCGACAAGUACGGACACCGCCCCGAGAAGGACGGCUCCAUCUUGCUCGGCGUGCUCAUCGGAGUGCUGCUGGCGGUGCCGAUAAUGUUCACGCUGAUGUUGCUGUGGCGGCGCGGGUACUUCGCGUGGCUCGGCCUGCGCGGGCCCGUCGACGUCUCGCGCGCCUUCUACAAGCGCGCGCCCGGAGAUGACAACUUCAUAUAGACAAACUGUAUUGUUGCAGCAGUUCAGCAGUUUAUACUGUAUACAGUGUAGUCGUUUCAGUCAGUGAUUUAAGCGUUGAGAGACAUAGGCUAAGACAAAUGACUACUGUUUUAAUUAGCUGACGCAUUUUAUGUAGUACUUACUUCAUUUGUUUUAGGUCAUAGAAGUAUUUUAAAAGUAAUGUUACUAGUUUAUUUAUAAGCAAAGUUUUGCUUAA